GCUGAUGUGUCAAAAAUUUCGCGAUUAUGGCCGAUUUGGACGAGUACAGGGAGCGCGUACGACUAAUUAGACAAUAUGCGCUCGACCAUGACAUUUCGGAAGCUCAGACCACAGAAAUAUUUCAAGCUUGUUUCCAACAAUUAGAAGCGAAAUAUUCGAAAAAGCCAAGCAGACUGUUGAAACUAUUGCAGCUGCCUUAUUUACUCUUUGCCAUUUCAUUCGUGCUGAUAACUUUGUACAAUCAAAGAUGGUUAAACGAUAUACUCGUAAAACUUUCCCAGAACUCCAUUUAUCCAGGUUUAUAUAUCUUGCGUAAGGUGGCCGUACCUGUUAUCGGUUUAUAUCCAUCGUUAUCUGAGUUAUAUGACGAGUGGUGCUUGAUAGAGAAUCCAUAUUUUUAUGUCAACGAUAUGGACUGUUGGGCCUGCACUGUGGUUCAUUCCGUACCAGAUUUGACUGGUCACAAUAUCAGUAGGUCUUUCAACAUUGGUAUACCGUACACCAGAGCUGAGAACGAUACGCAAGUCAAGAUGAAUGAUCUAGUUAAUGUAUAUUGGAGUAACCACAAUGUCUUUGAUCAGGACGCCAAAAGAAUCAUCUCUAAUAAUGAAUCUCUGAAAACCAUACGUGACGUCAUGGUUAAUAGAAUGGACAUAUAUUCGACCAAUUCUCUUACAACUCACGUGUCAUGGAGAAUAAACCGUAUGAAGCCCAACAGGAUAUUGCGAAGGUUAUUCCCGAAGCCAACCGAAGCUCCAAUUUGGUGGAGUCAAGGCACAGAGAAAUUUGUCUUUAUCGACGAAUCAAAGUCACCACCUUAUUCACUGCCCAAUCCCGAAUGUAGCAAUACUGUGAUACGAUGCGCAGCCGGUGCAAGGCUGAUAAAAAUGAUGCCGAGUUCAGAGUGCGUGCAACAUUGUAGGUCUUCCACCAUCUUGUUGCCUGCCGGACAUACACUAUGGUACAAUUGGUGGUAUUGGAGGCCCGUAAGUCUGCCUGCGUACAAUGCUACUGCUGAUCUCUUUAUCGGUUAUUUAACUUCGUUCUGUUAGCAUCACCGAUAGGAACCUUCACAAUGUGCCAAAACGAUGUAGCUGCCUAUCGUGUGUACACAUUAACGUACACACAUCUGAGAGUUGCGUUUAAUAAAGUUUCUUAUAUUAUUUUCA